GGCUACGAGGACUUUAUAUUGGAGUUAUGCCACGAAUGUUACGUGUGGUCCCAGCCUGUGCCAUCAUGAUAUCGACGUUUGAGUAUAGCAAGGCCUUCUUCUUUCACUACAACCUUGAUCUACAAGAAACCGCCUGUCGAAGAGCACAUUGACGAGCAAACAUAACUAAAGAACAUGCCGGAGACGGCGGCGAAGGCGGAGGCAAGUGCGGCAAAAAUAAAACCAGCGAACGCAACAACAACGGCUACGGCGGCAACAAAUUAUGAGAACCCCAGUAGCAAGCCAAUGGGGUCGGCAAGAUCUCACACAAAAUCCCAGGUGACCAUGACGGAUCCAAGGUUUCGCAUCCGACCUCUCCAGCAAGUAGUUUCCGCUUGUACGGGCGCCAUGAUAACGGCCUGCUUUAUGACCCCAUUGGAUGUGAUCAAAACACGCCUGCAGGCCCAGCAGUCGCUGUUGCUGUCAAACAAAUGUUUCCUGUAUUGUAAUGGGUUAAUGGAUCACAUAUGUCCCUGUGGUCCGAAUACGCCCAGCAAUUCCUUUUCUAAGCCAGCGCCACACUUUACAGGCACCAUUGAUGCCUUCAUCAAAAUAAGCCGCAACGAGGGCAUCGGCUCAUUGUGGUCCGGCCUUAGCCCUACACUCAUAUCCGCUCUACCCUCGACGAUCAUCUAUUUUGUAGCUUAUGAGCAAUUCAAGGCUCGCUUCAUCGAUCUGCACUACAAGUACCUGACACCAGUUAAAGGAACACCCUUUGGCCGUGACAUUCCAAUGCUUGUGCCCCUGAUGGCGGGCGUCACGGCGCGCAUAUGUGCGGUUACAUUGGUCAGUCCCAUCGAGCUGAUCCGCACGAAAAUGCAAUCACAGAAGAUGACACAUGCCGAAAUGCUUGGAUCGGUGCGGAAGGUGGUGCAAGCGCAGGGUGUGCUGGGUUUGUGGCGAGGGCUGCCGCCAACAAUAUUGCGCGAUGUGCCCUUUUCUGGCAUUUACUGGACAUGUUAUGAAUAUCUAAAAAGUCGAUUUAAUGUUGUCGAGCCAACAUUUGGUUUCAGUUUUAUAGCCGGAGCGAUAUCGGGCUCUGUUGCCGCAACGAUUACCACACCGUUUGAUGUAAUUAAAACGCAUGAACAAAUUGAAUUUGGCGAAAAGUUCAUAUUUGCAGGAACACGUUUGAAUAUUGCAGAUAACCCACCAAAAAGCGUGUCGACACCAACGACAUCUGUUGCACAACGCCUUGCAAAAAUAUAUCGCCUGAAUGGUAUGCGCGGCGUAUUUUCAGGACUCGGACCGCGUCUCUUCAAAGUGGCGCCUGCUUGUGCUAUCAUGAUAUCCACUUUCGAAUACAGCAAGUCCUUCUUCUAUCACUAUAAUGUCAAUAAGCACAAUCAGGAGCAGCUUGCCAGCAAUUCUGUAGUGGAUUUAAAAACGGCCUAUGGAACAACAGCAGAGGACAAAAAGUGGAAAUAGUAUUUCAGUUUUUAUCAGCCUUUAAAAUACAUAAAAAACAUACAUAUGUAAAUAAUGCUUAGGUCGCAGUGAAUUAGCUGGAGUGCAACUAUUAGUCUGGGUUUUGUAUGCCCUCGGUGCGUUUGUUAAAUUGAUUAGUGGAAUAAAAUUCUUAUUGUUAUACACUGUGA